AACAAAGAUUUCAAUGGGCCGAGAAACAUCGCCGGACCAUUUACCCUAAAAACCCUAUAAAUCUUUUCUCGCCUCUUUUUGAAUGUCGGAAAAUUUUUGAACAAAGCACAACAAUAAUGGGGGGAGAUAGUGUUGUAGAAGAAGAAAAUGAGAGAAACAAUGGCGGUGGUGAAGCAGAAGCAGAAGAGAAGCCGCGGACGAGGCACAAGGGAAAGCACGACAAAGAAAAGCCGUGGGAUGACCCGAGUAUCGACCACUGGAAAAUCGAGAAAUUCGAUCCUUCAUGGAACGAAAGCGGCAUGUUGGAAGUCAGCACAUUCUCUACUCUCUUCCCUCAAUACAGAGAGAAAUAUUUGCAGGAGUGCUGGCCUAUAGUUAAGGGUGCAUUGAAAGAGUAUGGGAUUGCUUGUGAGUUAAAUUUGGUUGAAGGAAGCAUGACUGUUUCAACUACACGGAAAACCAGGGAUCCCUAUAUAAUAGUUAAGAGUAGAGAUCUCAUCAAGCUUUUGUCACGAAGUGUUCCUGCUCCUCAGGCAAUAAAGGUCCUCAACGAUGAGAUGCAGUGUGACAUAAUCAAGAUUGGGGGUUUGGUGCGCAACAAGGGACGAUUGGAGAAAAGAAAAAACCACUUGAUUGGCCCCAAUUCUUCUACUUUGAAGGCACUUGAAAUUUUAACAGGCUGCUAUAUUCUGGUUCAGGGGAAUACAGUUGCGGCAAUGGGUUCGUUUAAAGGUCUAAAACAAGUGAGGAAGGUUGUUGAAGAUUGCAUUCUUAAUAAAAUGCAUCCAGUAUACAGCAUCAAGAUAUUAAUGAUGAGAAGGGAACUUGCUAAAGAUCCUACGCUUGCUAAUGAAAAUUGGGACAGAUUUCUUCCGAGAUUUAAAAAGAAAAAUGUCAAACAAAAGAAAGUUAAAACUAAGGAGAAGAAGGUUUACACGCCAUUCCCUCCACCACAGCCACCUAGCAAGAUUGAUUUGCAAUUGGAAAGUGGAGAAUAUUUCUUGAGCGAUCAGAUGAAGCAGGCGAAGAAGUGGCAUGAUAAGCAGGAGAAACAAGCUGAGAAAAUCGCAGAAGGCAAAAAGAGAAGAGAAGCGGGAUUUGUUCCUCCCGAGGAACCUAAAAAACAAUCGAAUGCACAUACUGACAACAAGACCAAUGUUGCUGACCUUGCCUUGUCUUUGAAGAAAAAAACAAAGGAUUUUGGCAUGCGAGAAUCUGCCGAGAAACUUGAUGCAGCCGACUACAUUGCAGUUCCUGACACAUCUUCUAAAAAGAAAUCAAAACGUUCCCGAACUUCAUAGGAACUGGUUAAAAAGCUUUUUAGUAACUCAUCAAUAGACAAUUGUGAAUUUUAUCUCAAUUUCCCCACAUUGUCAAACUUGUGCAUUCAUAUUUUUGUAGUGUGAAAUUAUUUAUCUACAUUUCGUAAUUCUCAAUGUGCAAUUUUUCUUUU